UUUUUGAAUUGGUCAAAUGGCAAACCGCUAACUAUGCUUCGCCACCGAUCCAAAAGAGUCUCAUCAACGAACCGCAUCUUACCUUCCGAAAUUCCCCACCGAACGUCAAACCGAUCGGAAUGCACCUGAACACUCCGAACCACACCGAACCGUCUGAAAAACCGAAAGUAGCUCAGAGCUCUGUAAUACCCCAGCGACAGGAUGAACCGAAAAAGUCGAACCGACCGUCAACCGAACCCCAGUGCUGGAGAUGUGGUGGCAAGGGUCAUCUCCGAGCACAAUGCACCUCGAAACCGCUGCUGUUCUGCUCUCGAUGUGGAGACAAGGAGUUCCCAGCACUGUUGGACACCGGAGCCACCAGGUCCUUUAUCAGCAGUGAAGUGGCCGCCUACUGCAGGGUAGUGGGUAUACAACCGGAUUAUGUUAGGGACGUUACCACCACCGUCGCUAACGGAAGUUCAAUACCGAUUAAAGAAAUAUAUACCGCACCGGUCCGAAUUAUGUCUGAAAUUAUGGAAGCUAAAUUGUUGUUAGUUUCAGAUUUACCGAUCAAUGUAGUACUGGGAAUGGAUAUACUGAGGACACACAACUUUUCCAUUAAUCUCCAAACCGCCGAAUGUUUCCUGAAUGGAAGGUCCAUCCAAGCCCGGCUCAGCGAGCCAGAUAACCGAGGACAACUACAUGCGAUAGGACCGCUGUUGUCGAACCUGAGUGGAGAAGAGAAAGUCAGGCUGGAGGAGUUUCUACAGACCGAAUUGAAGGCGUUCGAGAAGCUCCGAGGAACAACUCCACUGAUACAACACCGAAUUAAACUCAAACCAGGCACCGAACCGAUCAAGCAACGUUACCGUCCCCAAAAUCCGAAGAUGCAAGAGAUAAUAAACAAUGAGGUCGACCGAAUGCUGGCCGAAGGCAUUAUAGAACCGUCUUCAUCCCCGUGGAGUUCACCGAUAGUAAUUGUCAAGAAAAAGGAUGGAAUUUUAGACAAGUUGAGAAAAGCCAAGUAUAUAUCCACUAUUGAUUUGAAACAGGGUUAUUGGCAGGUACCGUUAGCCCCCGAGAGUCGACCGAUCACCGCAUUUACCGUCCCUGGCCGUAGGCUGUUCCAGUUCAAAGUGAUGGCUUUUGGUCUGCAUUCCGCACCGGCAUCCUUUCAACGUCUUUUAGACCGAGUUAUUGGCCCUGAGAUGGAACCGGAUGCAUUUGCUUACUUGGAUGACAUAGUAGUUCUUGGAGAGACAUUGGACGAACAUCUUGACAACCUAAGGAAAGUUUUCCGCCGAUAUUUUUCGAGUUAA